CAUUUUCCCGCAAGGAAUUAAAUAUGAAAUUUUUGGUUUUAGUAACAAUUAUCGGCACGGUAGUCGGCCAGAAUUUCCAUCCAGGUCGGCAGCAACAUUCACCCCAACAGGCGCAAUCAGGACAGUACCAGGAGGAGCAGAGGUCACAAAAUAAUGACAGACAAUUCAGUACAACUACAUACGUGCCCAUUCUGCAGUGGAACAAAGAGCAGGAGCACGAUGGAACCUAUAGAACGAGUUAUGAGACUGGGAAUAAUAUUGUUGCGGAAGAGAGUGGAUACGUAAAGACCAUCGGAGAAGGUGAGAACAAGGCAGAAGCUCUGGUGCAACAGGGGAGUUACUCCUACACCAGCCCCGAGGGCCAACUAAUCACUGUGCAUUACACAGCCGAUGAAACGGGCUUCCAUGCCACUGGAGAACACAUUCCCACCCCUCCCCCAGUGAGUGAAGAGAUCCAGAAGGGUCUGGAUCUGAUUUACGCUGGGAUACGCCAGCAGGAGGAAACCGAUGCUCGGGAAGCAGCUCAAAAAGCUCAACAACCCUUCAACCAGCAGAUUGAUCGGCAACAGGACAAUAAAAAUUAUCGUUUAUAAAUUUUACAUCUGAAAGACAAAACCACUUUGAAAUACUUAAGAAUCAUUGGAUAACCAGUCAGUUUAUGAAUUAUUUAUCAAAUAUUAUAGUAGGAAGUGUCUGACUUUCAAUAUUUCUUUAUCACCUUCUCUGAAACAUCAUCAGCCGCUGAUAAACCACGAUUCAAUAAUACUGUUAUGUAAUUACUGAUGCAAUACAGACGAAUUUUAUCCAAUAGUUUUCUCUUUGUAACCUUUUUGCUGAAAAUAUCAAUUGGAAUGUUUGUUUUGGGUUGAACGUCCAUUAUAUCAUUCAAGAAUAUUUUUAUUCUUCAAAUGGAGUGUUAUCGUAAUAAAUGAUCACAUUAAGGA